AUGCGUUAUCCGUCCGUGCGUCCCUCUCUACCUGCAGAUCGCGAUCGCACCAUCGCUGUCAAGACCCCGAGCACUGCCACGAGGACUCGUCCCGUCCCCACACGGUUAUCAGCCGCAAUCUCGGAUGAUUCCAACAUCCAAGUGAUCGUGAGGGUGAUCGUGAGGGUGCGACCGCCAGCAGGCCCUGAGCUGACGGGGUAUCCCGGGGCCAAGUGUGUGGCACAGGACGGCCCCCGGUCGCUGUUCCUAGUGAACCCGGACAGGGCGGGCGCAGCGGAGCAGUUCACAUUCGACCACGUGGCAGGGGAGAGCGCGGUGCAGGAGGACCUGUUCGAGCUGGCAGGGAGGCCCAUAGUCGAGAACUGCCUAGCUGGGUACAACAGCACUAUGUUCGCGUAUGGCCAGACGGGCAGCGGGAAGACGUACACAAUGUUUGGAGCUGACGUGGACAAGGCUGACGUGGACAGAUUGCGAGGGGAUAACACUGACGUGGAGGUCGGGUCGAGAGUCUCACUCUCCUUCUCCCUUUCCCAAUGCCAUCUCCCUUCCCUUCUUCUUGCCCCUCGUCUCUUCCUUUCCUCCUUCUCUCUUCCCACCUUUUAUUCUUUCCCUCCUCCUUUCCCCACCUCUGUGACUUCCCUCCUCUCUCCACCUCUGUGUCUUCCCUCCUCUCCCCACCUUUGUUUCUUCCCUCCUCUCUCCACCUCUGUUUCUUCCCUCCUCUCCCCACCUCUGUUUCUUCCCUCCUCUCCCCACCUCUGUUUCUUCCCUCCUCUCCCCACCUCUGUUUCUUCCCUCCUCUCCCCACCUCUGUUUCUUCCCUCCUCUCCCCACCUCUGUUUCUUCCCUCCUCUCUCCACCUCUGAGAAGCAGCAGAGGGCGGGCGAGCGCCUCACGUUCAUCUGCACGUGCUCUUUCCUGGAAAUCUACAACGAGCACUUCUAUGACCUGCUAGACCCCAAGCGCUGCAACCUGCACAUCCGGGAGGGCCCCAAUGGCGUUUAUGUGGAGAAUCUCACCAAGCAGCCGGUCACCUGCUUUGCUCAAGUCAUGGAGCUCAUCCAGCGAGUAAGGAGCGAAGAACCGGCGGGUGGCGGGGACGAACAUGAACCGGGAGAGCAGCCGGUCUCACAGCGUCUUCACGUGCAACAUCGAGAGCACGGUAAGUGCAGUGCUGGUGCUGGCAGGCUUGCGGAGGAGAACCGUGAGUGCCUGCCACUGGCAGCAUUGAGAGCACAGCAGAAGUCAUCAGGGGCCACAGGAGAGCGGCUCAAGGAGGCGAGCUCCAUCAACACCUCGCUCUCCCAGCUCGGCAAGGUGAUCAUGGUGCUGGUGGAGUCGCUGAGGGAGAACAGGCCUCGCCACGUGCCCUACCGCGACUCCUACCUCACCUUUCUUCUCCAGGUGAACACCAUGGCUUCUCCAGGUGAAUACUCUUCCUCCUUGCUCUUCCAGGUGAAUACUCUUGCUCCUCCUUCCACUCACCACCAUCUCCGUGUGCAGGACUCUCUGGGAGGCAACUCAAAGACCACCAUUAUCGCGUGCAUCAGCCCAUUCGCAGGGUCAUUCCGGGAGUCGCACAGUACGCUCAAAUUCGCACAGCGGGCGAAGCUGGUGCAUAACAAGGCAGUGGUGAAUGAGGCUGCAGAGGGCGAGAAGGACGCUCUCAAGAAGGAAAUCGCAAGGCUCAAGGUGCGAUGCUUAGUCAUGCACACGGUGCUCAAGGUGAGGCACAAGGACGAGCUUCAUCGACUGUACAAGCUCUGCACCUGCGAAGCCCGUUUGCUCCUCCCUGCCUCCUCCUCCUCGCCGCCCUUCUCCCUCCCUCACUCCCGCACCACCACACCCAGGACACCCCGCAACCCUGCCACCAAUGCUGCUGGUACCUCCACCAGUGCUGCUGCCUGCUCCCCACUGGCAAUAGCGUUGCAGGAGAGGGCGAACUCGCCCAGGCAUGUGCAGCUGCUGGGGGAGAUUGAGCGGCUGGAGCGGACGCUGGCGGGGUGCUUGCGCAGGGAGAGGGAGCUGGAGAGGGAAGUGGGCGUUCUGAGGGGCGAGAAUGCGAAGCUGAGGAAGCAGCUCGCUGCUGCUUCCGCUGCUGCUGCUACUGCUGCUCGUGGUGGGGGUGGGAAUCAGGUUGAUGUGAUGGGUGCUAACGGUGGUGCUGGUGAUGCUGGUGGUGCAGAGGGGGAGGGGAUGGAAGGAAGGUUGGCGACUGUGGAGGAGGGGGAGGAGGAGGAGGAGGUGGAGGAGGAGGGAAGUGGGUCGGAGGGUGUGCAGAGUGAUAUGGAGAAUCUGAAGGAUCAGGUGGCGGAGCUGUUGGUGCAGAAGGCAGCAGCGGGCGGGGGCCACGCGCAGGCGCACAUAGAGGAGCUCACGCAGGAGCUGCAGGGCGCACGGGCAGAGCUGGGUCGCUGCAGGGAGCACCUACGGCUGUCAGAUGCUGCUAACGAGCAGCUGGCGAGGCAAACGAAAGAGAUGGAGGCGGAGAUGCAGCUGCUGGCUGCUCAGAACCUCUCUCUGGAAGAGCAAAUCAGCUCUCUCAAGGCUCUAAACGCCGAUACCUCCUCCUCCGCGUUCCAGAGAGGCCUCACCACACAGAAGGGAGGUCUUACCUCCGCGCCCACUCCCGUCCCAUCAGUCGCCCGUGCUGCUGCCCCCAGCACUCUCAUUCCCACGCCUCUGGUCACCACCACUCGGGGCGCUCAUGUCACCACUCCCAGCAGCGGCGGGUUUGGUACCGCACUGGGGGCAGGCAUCAAUAGGAAUCUCGAGGAGGCGUUUUCUGGCGCCAAGGGGUUUGAGACUCCGCUUUCAACGAGGGGCAAGGGUGCUACAGCAGGAAGAGGCGGAGGCGGAGGGGGAGGAGGAGGGGGAAGAGUGGGAGGUAUGGAAUGUGUGGUUGACUGUAGGUCUUCACUCAGGCAUGUGGGGAAGGAUCAGGACCGGUUCAGGCAGCAGAGGUUGGAUUUGGACUCGGCAAUUAAAGGGAAACUCGAGGCAGAGUGGGCUAAUAGCGCGCUCAAGGCGAAUCUGAAGCUCCAGGAGCAGGAAGCGAGGGAGCUUGUAGAGAGGAUGCAGACGGAGGAGGGGCGGAGGCACGAGGCGGAGAGGCUGGCGGAGGAAGCGGAGAGAGAGGUUCGGGAAGCGGCCGCCGCGGCUGCGGCGUUGGCUCGGGAAAAAGCUUCGGUGGAGGAGCAGCUGCGGGCGAUUCAGGAACAGGUUCGGGCGCUGCAGGGUCGAGAGGAGCGGAGCGAGGAGGAGAAGAGGGAUUUGGAAGAGGCGCUAAGGAGGGAGAGGGAUUUGGGGGAGGAGGCGGCACAAUUGGCGGAAGCAGAGUGGAAGAAGACUCAAGAGGCGACUGCUAGGAGGAUUGCUGCAGAGAGGAGCCUUCAGAGGACGAUGGAUGAGGCGAAGAAUCUGCGGGGAUUGCUGGAUGAUUCGGAGGAGACGAAGGCCAAGUAUGUGAGGUUGAAGCAUGAGCUACGGGCGGCGUUACAGAGGCUGGUGAAGGCGGCGGAACAGAAGGUGGAGGAUGAGAAGGCGUUGGAGAGGAUGAGGGAGGAAAUGGGUGCGGUGAGAGCGCAGGUGUUGAGUGCAGGGGAGAGGGCGGAGGAGGCAGAGAGGAGGGUGAGGGAGGGCGGGGUGGUGGGUGCGGGAGGUGAGGUGGGGGAAGGGGGAGUUGGGGCGGGUGUUGGGGGGGAUGAGGUGGCAGGUGGGGAGGGUGACGUGGUGGAUGCGGGGAGUGAGGUGGCAGGAGGAGAGGUGAGGGUGAGCGAGGGGGAGGAGGUAGAGAGGGAGCAGGCACAACGGCUAGUGGAUGAGCUUAUGAGGAAGGUAGAGGAAUUGGAGGAGAACGGGCGGGAGGCGGAGAGGAGGGCGGAAGAGGAUGCGGUGAGACUGGCGGAGGCAGUGAGGAAGGUGCAGGAGGCGCAGGAAGAAGCGGCUUUGGCAGGGGAGAGAGUGAGAGAGAGGCUGGAGGAAGAGGAGAGUGUGAGAGCGAGGCUGGAGGUUCUGGAGGGUCUGAUGCAGAGUGAGGAGGCAGAAGCUGUCAGGGCGAAUGCAGAGGUGAUGUUGCUGCAGGGGAUACUGGAAGAUAUGGAAGGUAUUGGUCGGUUUGGAAUGGUGAAGAUGGAAGGAGAAGGGGGGCUGGAGCAGGGGCAGUCUCGGGAAGAGCUGGAGGGGGAGUUGUUGCAGGUGCGAGAGGAGGUUGAGGGGAAAGAGGAGGAGAUUCGGAGGCAUAAGGAGGAGUUGGAGAGGAGUCGGAGGGAGUUGGAAGAGGUGACGGUGAAGCUGGGAGUGUGGGAGGACACGUGGGGGGCCUGGGAGACUCACCGGCAAGAGGUGCAAUAUCCAGGGGGAUGUUGGUAUGACAUGGGUGUGAGGUAUAACUGGGGGAGGGUGGUUCUGGAGCUGGUACAGCGAGAGCUGAGGGGGGUUAAGGAGGGGAAGGAGAGGGCGGAGGAGGAGAGGAGAGAGGCGGAUGAGGCAGUGUGGAAAGCGGAGAAGGAAGUGAGGGCUUUGGUGGAUGAGAAUGGGGUGCUGAGGGGGCGGUUGGGGUUGGAGGAAGGGGAUGUGGUUCCGGUGCCGGGGAAGGGGAGGAGAGAGAGCUUUGAGCUUGCAAUUGGGGCGCUUAGAGCGAGGAUUUGGGAUGGGAGGGUGAGGGAGAGGGAGUUGGAAGGGGAGGAAGCGAGGGUGGAGAGGGAGAGGAGGGUGGUGGAGGAGAGGAGGAGGGAGGUGGAGGAGAGGAGGAGAGAGGUGGAGGAAAAGAGGAGGCGGGAUGAGGAGGCGGGUGAGGGGGGUGUGCUGGGCGAGGAGGGUGUGCUGCAGGAAGAGAGGGAUCGGGAUGAGAUAUCAUCAGAGAUGGAGGGGAUAGGAGUGGGGAGUAUCGAGCGGGAAGAGGUGUUGGGAACGGGGGAGAUGGGGGAGAUGGGGGAGUUGGCGGAAAUGCCUGAGGUGGCGGAGAUGGGGGAGAAGGGGGAGGUCACACCGGCAGUGCAGGCAGAGGGGGAAGGGCAGCGAGCGAAGGAGGGUAGGGGGCAGACGGAGGAUGAGAGAAGGAUGGAGGAGGAGCGGCUGAGAGCAUCGUCUGCUGCUCUGGAGGGGCAGGGAGCACAGAUGGAUGCUGAAUUGGCAGGGUUUAGGGCGGAGAGGGAGAAGCAGAGGAGGGAGGUGGAGCAGAUGCGAGCAGUAAGGGAGGUUCUGGAGCGGGAAAGGUGGCUGUUGGAUCAGAGGGGGGAGUCUGGGGUGGAGGAGAAGGUGGAGAAGGAGAAGGAGAAUGGGGAGGAGGAAAAGGGGAAAGGAGAGGAUGAGGGGGAAAGGAGGAGCGAGGAGAAGGGAGAUGGGGAAGGGGUUGGGUGGGAAGAAGGUGGGGAGGAGCAUGGGAUGGGGGUCCUGAGUUCUCCUGUUCGUGCUGCCGACGUGGGAACAGAUGGGGUGUCAGCAGUGAGCUUGCAGCAGCCACAUGCCACUCCAGUGCUCUUCUCGGCUUCUCGUGAACUGGGGAGAGGGAGGCAGGGUGGGAGAAUGAGCUUGCCUGCACGUCUGGAUGGAAGUGUGGUGUGUGCUGCUGGCGGUUUGGAGAGUGGGAGGGAGGGAGCGGUGGGGAGUGGUGAUGAAUGGUGGAGUGGGAGGAUGGAGAGGGAGAGGGAGAGGGAGAGGGAGAUGGAGAGGAAGGAGGGCGAGGUGAAGCAGCUGGUGAAGCAGAUUGAAGUUCUUCAGAAGGAGAACCGCCUGCUUCACGCCCAGCUGUGUGCAUCGGAGCAGUCGAUGGCUCCUUCAAUCAGCAACCCUGCCAUGGUGGCAAGUUUUCCCUCCACCCACGCCCUCUCGUCCCCUCCUUGUCGCCUCGCCUCCAUCAGGACCAUAGAUUUUCUGCCAACGUGCUUGCCUUCGUCCUUCCCUUCCCUGUCCCUUUCCUUCCGACCUCUCCUCCUCAUUGCUUCUUCUGCCAGGAUCACGAGAUCCGCCAGCUUCCAACGUCCAUGCCUUUGCCCAUUCCCUCACCUUGUCUUCGUCCUUCCCCUUCCUUAUCUCUCCCCUUUUGAACUCCGUCCCUCGUUGCUUCUUCUGCCAGGAUCACGAGAUUCGCCAGCUUCGCACGCAGCAAGACCUCCUCCUUCACGAGAAAGACAAGUAGUGCUUCAGCAGGAAAUGCAGCAGAAGGGGGCAGCACAGCAGUCGGAGGCAGUGCUGCAGAGGAGCAUGGCAGACAAGAGCCUGCAGAAGAAUCACGCGCUCUCCCAGGAGAAUGCUCACCUUAAGCAACAAGUGGUGGACGUGCAGCAGCAGUUGGAGAAGGUGGAGUGUGCUGGCGAGGGAGAUACUCGGCAACAACUGGAGGGCGUGCAGCAGCAGUUGGAGAAGGCAGAGGGCGAGCUUGUGGGGCUGGUGGGGCAGCACAACCCGAAACAGCGCAUUCACACGUUUUCCAAGGUCAAGGUGGAGAACAGCACUCUGAGGGCGCAGAACGAGGAGAUGGCAGCAGCAGUGAAGCGCAUGGAGUUGCGAGUGAAGCGGCUGGAGGAGGAGGUGGGGCGGCACAGGAAGAAGGCGGGGCAGGCAGAGAGAAUUGAUUUUGAUGAGGAGGCGAGGCUGCAGCAGCGACUGGAGGAGGUGGAGAGGGGCAGUGCUGACGUGGCACAGAAGCUGCUCACUGUCUGCCAAGCUGUCCUCCAGAUAACUGAGGGUGCAGCAGAUACAGAGAACGGCGGUGAGAGCAGCAGCAGCAGUGGUGGAAGCAGCAGUGUGGGAGAGGGGACGUUAGGUGCGGACCCAUCGGGUGCGGCCCUAGCGGCUCUGAACGCUCUCAAGUUCAGGAUCAAAGCUGCAGACGACGAGAUCAGCGACCUCAAGUUCCAGGCACGCAUGGCCGCAGAAAAGGCAGACCUAUGUGAGCUCCGAGAAAAGAACUCCAUCGGUCACACGGCACAAGUGCUCUCUCCUCCGCUUCCACCCCAGUUCUUGCCAACGCUCGACUCCAUUCCUGCAUUGGCGGAUGAAAAUGCACCUGCUACUGUUGAGGCACCUUGA